UCAUUUUACAUUCGGUUAUAUUUUAUAUAAACAGAUUUCUGAGCAUUAUUUUAUCGUGAUAAAUGAUAAUCAUAAUAUUCUGACUAGAAACAUAUUUUACUAUUCUAGUACUUUUUACUAGUAUUAUUCGUAUUACACAAAUAUAAGGCUGUAAUGCCUGUAAUGCUGUAUCGUGGUUGUAUUCUACUCAUUAGGAUAGGGCCACACGUCCCACAAUAUAGUACUACACGGAAAAGUACCGUAUUUUAAAAGUCUGUCCCGUACUCCCGUUGUCUUGACAUGAGCUUAUAUUUUUCAUUUUCAUUUUAAAUUAUACCUAUUUUAUUAUUUAAAAAUAAAAGUUCUUAUUAAAACUUGAUAAAAAGGCAACUGUCGUGAUAGCCGUGAUUGACGAUUGUGCUGUGGUGAUAGUGUACUGCUGAUAAGAGGCGCUGUCUCCAGAAGUCCAGACUACAGAUUUACAAUAUCCAUUAUCCAGAGUUCCAGACCGGCGUAUAAUGACCACACCAUACUAACUUGUAGUACAGAAUUGAGAAUUCGGUGUUCUGUUGAUAAUAUAAUAAUGAAAAUAGGUAUUCACGGUACUACGGUAUGUGUUAUUGAAUAGUGAAUACAGGAGUUUGGAGUGAAUAUUAUAGAAUAUUAAUUGAUCUCUGAACGACAUAAAUCUGAAGAAAACCUAUCAGUGUAUUAGACGAGCAUAUAAUUUUUAUUUUAGAUUAAAAAUUAUAUAUUUAAAUUAUGCCUGUAAAUACGUUUAUUCGAUGGGAAAAUUUAAUGGACAUUUUAACCCAUUAUGGUAUGAAUAAUAGUUUUAUGGAAACAUUUAAGCAUACUGCUAAUAAUGAAAAAAUAAAUCUCUGUAUGCAAAAUGAAUUUAUCAGAAGCUGUCUGGAAAAAUGGUUAGAUGAUUCAAAAUUUAAUGAAAGUCUAAAAAAUUCAACCAAAUCUAAAGAAACUCGACUAGCGGCUAAUGAAGAAUUCAAAAUGAAUCGGCUAGAUUUGUGUUGUAAACUUUAUACUAAAGCAGCUCAAUUUGCACCAUAUAAAAGUAUAGAAUUAGCAUUAGCGUUUUCUAACCGUUCAGCUAUGUACCUGAGGUUAAACAAAUAUCAGGAGUGUUUAAAAGAUAUUGAUAAUAGUCUAAAUAUAUUGGAAAAUUCAGUUAUUAAUGAAAAAGAAGUUAAUAAAGGUCAAUUAAUUAUUAAAUUGUUAAAACGUAAAAUUGAAUGUUUAAUGGCUUUGAAGCAAUAUGAAAGUGCUAAAACUAAUUGGGAAAAUAUAAUAGAAUUAUCAAAAAAUAUUUAUAAAAUACCAUUAGAAGAUCAAUUUAUCAAAAAGUGCAAAAUUCUGUUGGAUUAUGAUAAAAAUGAUUCUAAUAAUGUAAAUAUUGUUGAGAAUGUCAAUGAAAUGCUUACUGAAGAUCUAAUUAAAAAAACACUGGAUAAAAAUGAAAUAACUCUUCCAUUUAAGUCUUCUAAAUUACAGCUACGUUAUACAGAAGCUAAAGGAAGACAUUUUGUUGCUUCAACGAAAAUAGAAUAUGGGGAACUAUUAAUAUUUGAAAAUCCAUUUGCAUUUGUUUUACUACCAGAAUAUUAUAAUUCAUUUUGUUAUAAUUGUUGUGCGCCAUUAAAAUAUUAUUCUAUACCAUGUGAUAAUUGUUGCACUAUUUUGUUUUGUGAUAACAAGUGUCUUCAAGAAGCAAAAAACUCAUAUCAUCAUUGGGAAUGUAAACAGGGAACAUCAAUUUUUAAAUGUAUUGGCAUUGCCCAUCUUGCAUUACGUUUAACAUUAGAAACUUCUCUAGGAAACCGCAAUAAUGAACAAAUUUAUAAUCUAUUAACACAUAUUGAUGAUUUCAAAUCAGUAGAAUUGUAUCAAUACAGUCUGACUGCCACUCUUCUGCUUAUAUACUUGCAAAAGAAAACCGAUUUCUUUGAAAAACAGCCAAAUGUUAUGAUAAGUUCUGUGGGCAAUGAAUUACUACAUCAUAUGACAAGAUUAGUCUGUAAUGGAAAUGCUAUUUCAACACAUAUGAUGUCAGAUUAUGAAUCAGGAUCUUUUACUUCAAUUAUUGAUGAAUCACAACCACGUAUUGGAACAGCUAUAUUUCCUACUUCAAGCUUAUUAAAUCAUUCAUGCGACCCAAAUAUAUUUUCAAGUAAUAUACUGAAGUAUGUAGUUAUUAAAGCUUCACGAGAUAUAAACAAAGGAGAAGAAAUUACUAAUUGCUAUGGACCUAACUUUCGACGCAUGCGAUUAGUUGAUAGACAGGUUUCUUUGAAAGAACAAUAUCAUUUUGACUGUAAAUGUUGUAUUUGCAUGGAUCCACAAAAAGAUGAUAUGUUUUUUAAAAUAGUCGAGGGACUUGUAUGUUUAUCAUGUAACAAUGAAAUUUCAGCAACUUUAUCAGAUUUAGAUGAGAAUGACACUGUUUAUUGUGAUUUAUGCCUUAAACAAUUUAGAACAUUAGAUUUUAAGAGACGAUUACUUAAAGCCGACAAAACUUAUAACAAAGGAAUGAAACAACUAGAGGAAAGUAAUUUUUUAAAAGCAAUAAAUGUUAUUUCUGAAAGCUUAAGACUUUAUACUCUUGUUUUAAAUCAAAAAAACCCAAAUAUUACUAAAUGUGAAGAUAGUUUAGCAAAAUGUUUUGCUUUAGCUGGAGACUUCGAGAAUUGUUAUAUGUAUUUGGAUAGAAGUUUUAAUGCAAUAGAAGAUCGCUUUGGCAAAAAUAGUUUAGAAGUUGCUUACGAAUUGGAUAAAAUGUCAGAUAUCAUGGUUAACAACCUAGACAUGAGAAAGAACCGGAAUUUAAUUCAUAAAGCAUUAGAAUACGUUCGGAGAUCAAUGGAAAUAUUUCAUGCCAAUUUAUCUGCAUGGGAUAUUCCAUAUAGUGAAUCUGGUAUAGCAAAUAUCAAGUGUAAAGAAAAUAUAUUGUUACAAUUUUUGGAAGGUAGGUUUUGAAAUUGAUCUCAAAUCUAAAUAUUGUAAAAAUGUUAUUUCAACUAGUUUGUAAUUAAUAUAUUAUGUAAAAUUUAAUUUAUUGUAUAUUAUCUUAAAAUUUAUAUACAAUUAUAUAAAUAAUACAAAAUAAUGUAUAUCAUAUUAUAACUAAGAAAUAAGAAUUAUUUUAAAGUUUUGUAUUUUUUAUAUAUUUGAUUAUUUGCUACCUCUUGGUAUUUAUUUGUCCAUUUAUUUGAAGCUGUACUGUAAUUAAAUAAACUUGUAUACUAUUUUCAAUUUUGAUUAAUAAA